AUACUUAUUAAUGGGUUGUUUAGAGUUGGUAAGGUCACUGAUGCUGUUGAGAUUUGGAAUGAGAUGAUUCGUAGAGGGAUUAGUCCGGAUAAUAGAGCAUGUGCAGCACUUGUUGUUGGGUUGUGUCACGCUCGGAAAGUUGAUUUGGCGUAUGAGAUGGUGGCGGAUGAGAUCAAGAGUGCAAGGGUUAAGCUUAGUACAGUGGUUUACAAUGCGUUGAUUAGCGGGUUUUGUAGAGCGGGUAAGAUAGAAAAGGCGGAAGCUUUGAAGUCGUUUAUGAGGAAGAGUGGGUGUGAGCCGGAUGUUGUAACGUACAAUGUGCUGUUGAAUUUUUACUAUGAUAACAACAUGUUGAAGAAAGCGGAAGGGGUGAUGAGCGAGAUGGUGAGAAGUGGGAUACAGCCUGAUGCUUAUAGUUAUAACCAGUUGCUUAAGCGGCAUUGCAGGGUUAGUCAUCCGGAUAAAUGCUAUUCCUUCAUGGCUAAAGAGAUGGAGCCUAGAGGAUUGUGUGAUGUUGUUUCCUACAGCACUCUGAUUGAAACGUUCUGCAGGGCGUCAAACACUAGGAAGGCUUACAAGAUCUUUGAGGAAAUGAGACAGAAGGGGGUAGUGAUGAAUGUGGUGACGUACACGAGUCUUAUCAAGGCUUUUCUUAGGGAAGGUAACUCUAGUGUUGCGAAGAAGCUCCUCGAUCAGAUGACAGAGUUAGGUCUGUCACCAGAUCGCGUAUUUUACACAACGAUUCUGGAGCAUUUGUGUAAAUCCGGGAAUCUCGACAAGGCUUAUGGUGUUUUCAAUGACAUGAUUGAGCACGGAAUCACACCGGAUGUGAUUUCUUAUAACACCCUGAUAAGUGGCCUCUGCAGGUCUUGUAGAGUGAGUGAAGCAAUGAAAUUGUUUGAAGACAUGCAUAGUAAAGAGUGUUGUCCUGAUGAAUUAACUUUCAAGUUCAUUAUUGGAGGACUCAUACGGGAAAAUAAAUUAUCCGCAGCCUACAAGAUUUGGGAUCAGAUGAUGGAUAAAGGAUUCACCCUUGAUAGAGAUGUGUCUGAUACACUCAUAAAGGCUAGCUGUUCAGUGAGUGCUGAUGCUUAGGC